UAGUGGCGGACGCGUAGAGGCGUUACCAAGGAAGUGACGAGCGCUUCUUCCGGGUCGAAAGGAAAGCUUUCCCGCGUGUGGCAAAUGAUUUGCAGAUGGUGAAGGAAAACCCAAUGAAAAUAACCUCUAGGAUGCAAAAAGCAGGAAGAAGUUGAGGUUUUUGAGAAGUUGGUUGACUAAAAGUUGGCAUGGCAGUUGACGGGGCAACUAAAGAGAAGAAGAAGAAGAAGAAGAAAGUUCAGGAUGCAGGAGACACACGUGUGAUGGUGUGGCGUGACGUGUCCGUCCAGACUGAUGUUAAAAACGAAACUUUGGAUGUAAACAUCAGAGAUGGAGAGAAACGGGAGAGCAAUGGGGCUGAGAAGAAGAGGAAGAAGAAAAAGAAAGUGAAGGAGGACGUGGAAGCAAACAGUCCCGUGUGUUACGAUGCGUCCGUCCAGACUUCCGUCAAAACAGAGCGCUCCGAUAUAAACAUCAGUGCUGCUCCUAAGAAGACGAAGAAGAAGAUAGAGCAGGAAGCAGAAGAGAUCGCCAGUGGAGAUCAUUUAGUGUCCAAGAAACAAGGACGUGAAGAAGAGGUGGAAGCUAUAAAGAAGAAAAAGAAGAAAAAGCAAGUAGAGAUGAAAAAAGAAGAGGCCGAUUUAGGACACAGUGUAGAGAUAGUAAAAAAGAAAAAGAAGAGAAAAAUUGAUGAAGAUGUGGCCGAAGAAGAACAAAACAAAGAAUUUGAGGGGGGAGAGGUAAAGAAGAAAAGAAAAAAGCAGAAAGAUUGUAAACAGGAAGCGGUGAAGAAGAAGAAGAGGAAGAAAUCUUCAGCAGUUGAAGAGCCUGAUGACAUUAGCUCCAGUGAAAAGCUGGAGAAGAAGAGCAAGAAGCUAAAGAAGAAACUGAAAGGUGUGGAUGAAGGUGAGAGUCAUCCUUGCGCCAACGGAGGACAGGUGAGCUCAGCGGACAAGAAGAUGAGAAAGAAAGUCAAAGCUAAGACUGAGACUGAGGAGGAAGCGGUGGGAAAGAAGGGCAGAAAGAAAACCCCAGAAAAGGUUAGAAAGAAAAAGCCUAAAGAAGAGCAUCUUGAGGCAGUCGUGGAGAGAGCAAGUAAAGCGUCUGAUGUUGUGUUCCUGUCGGAAAAGCCUGGAAAUCAGGACAAAGUUUCUAUAGAUCAGGCCCGCCGUCUCCGCCUACAGAGGGACAUUGACAAGGAAUCACAGCCGAAGCCAAAUCUCGGGCAGUGGGGCACGGCACAGUUCGACAGCUCUGACAGACAAGCCAAGUUUCUGCGCUUGAUGGGCGGCUUUAAAAAGAGCAGCCAACCAGUCACAGGAUCCUCCGGCCGGGCCAACAUGGUGCUGGGGACAGAAGGCCAACAGACUUUGCAGCAAGGCCUUCUGGGAGAGUUUGAGCGUGCACAGAGCCGUCAUAUGGACUUCAGGAAUAAAGGAGCCGGAUUGGGGUUUGCAGCGCCGUCCAAUAAGACGUUUGCGAUCGAUGCUAAUGCUCGGAACUCAGUGUGGCUGGAUGACUGAGAGUUCAACCAAAAGUGAACGCUUUGUCAUCAUUUACUCACCCUCACAAUGUUUACAAAUCACCGUGCUGUUCUUUAUUUUAAAGAAUCACAUCAGUCAAGCUCCAAAAAGGAAAAAAAAAUACAGAAAAAUAGCCCAUACUAAAUAUGUAUGGAACGACUCAAAGGUGAGUGAAUGAUGACAAAAUGUUCAUUUCUAGGUGAACUGUUCCUUUAAUGGAUGAAUCAAAAUGGGUUUAUGAAAUGUAUUUUUGGAAUCCGAGGAGCGCUGAAUCACCGACCCCCAAAAAAAAAAAUUUGACAAGUUUCCGUUGAAAUUUUUUUUUUGGUCCUGAGAGAUGUACUCGGGUGAAAUAUCACGAGAUGUAUUUGAAUUUAUCAUUAGAUUUGCUAAAGAAAAUGAUACUAAAAGAAAAGGUUAAACAACCGAAAAGGUUGAAUAAAGACACUGGAUUAGAGCUGUCUUUGGGUAAUCAUGGUUGUCAUUGCAUUAUUGAGAGUUAUUUUUUUUAGUCAUUUACAUUUAUGCAUUUGGCAAACACUUAUCUAGUGCCUUUGCAUUCAAGGUAUAUUCACAAGCGUUCAAAAGCAUGGAGUCGGUACAAUUGUAUGGUGACCAAGGCUGUAUUUGUUUGAUCAAAACUACAGUAAAAACGGUAAUAUUGUGAAAUAUUACAAUUUAA